CAAUGACUGGUUUUUAAAAAACGAGAAGCAGGAAUUUUGGAAAAUCAAGAUUCAAAAUGCAUUGGGUCGUUGCUACCUGGUUAAUCACGUCUCUCCUUGGCCUUGGAAUGGGGCAUAAUACUUUAUUUGAAGGAUAUGACCGGACUCUGUCAGGUUAUCAUCUGUGCAACAUGACUGAGCAUGUUUCGGUGACCAAUGUGAUCUCUUAUCCAACGUCAUACACCCAGAGGAGACCGUGUGGUGGGUGGCUGCCAUGGGCAAUGUGUGAUGUCCUGGUUUAUAAGACAGAAUACAAAACGCAGGUGUAUAACAUCUCCAAACAGGUCGUGCAAUGCUGUCAUGGCUACGAACAAGUUGGGAGUUACUGUGCCUUGUCCUUGAGCCGAAGUGCAGAAUUCACAUCUAAGCCAGGACUGUGUCCCUCAACAUGUAUGAGAAGGGUCUAUAUCUCUACUGGCUCCAUGUGCAAGUGGGACAUAGAUUGUUCUCAGUGGCAAAAAUGCUGUCAGACAGACAACAUCUCCAACAUCUAUCAGUGCUCAGACCCAGUACCACUAGGCACAUUGUUAAAGGGAUAG